AUGAACACUUCCAGAGAGGUGGCUCGAGCUUUGGUUGAGUCAGAUGAUUGGAUGAAUAUCAUGUCUCCAACUGAUAUACUCCCGGUUGGACGUCAUAACCUUUCAAGGGUCACGCCGUUGAGGAAGUUAAUCGAGAAGUUCCCAGACAUCGCUGAGAUAGUGUUCAGCAAUUGUAUCAGUGAUCGCGGAGACAGUCCUGACGACUUCUACUUUUUCCGCGAGUAUAACUUUGCACUGAUUGACGACACGUACAUGAUGCCUUCAAAGGACGGAACUGAACUGCUAUCAACGGUGAACCCUUACGAAGAUGACGGGACCCUCAAACAAGGUGCCAAAGCCUAUUCGGACGAUUAUGAUGUCGUCUACAAAAACCAUCCUCUAAAAAUUAUGGCACAGUCAGAAAUUUUGCUAUCACAUCCGUUAGUGCAAGCGCUUUUGAAACAUAAGUGGAACAGCCUUGGACGAUACGUCUAUUACUUCGCUCUUUGCAUCUACUUAAUUUUCCUGUUCACCUUCACCAUGUACGUUACUCACACUCCACCACCUUUCAACGUCUAUGAUGAGACACGCAAGGAAAUGCGCGACCUCACGGACCUUUUCAUUAGCGAAAACGAAUGCCCAAAUGUGGUUAGUUCCUUAAGGUAUUCAAUGUUUUCUGCCAAACACUGGUCAUCUUAA